AAAUAGCGCAUCUAAUAAUACAGAAAAACGAUCAUGGCGACCGCUGGCGAUCAUUUGCAUCGGCGUCGCGGGAGGGUUGAGCCUGGUUGAAAGCGGCGGCGCCGCCAGAUGGAACACUGGUUGGAGCGUCGGUGGAGCUGGCGGCACCGCGGCCGGGAUUGGGUUGGAUGUGACCCUGAGCGCCGUAGGCCUGUUUCUUGUAAUCCUCGGUGUCCUGAAACUGCGUGUACGGACUGCUCUCCAACGGCAGCCCUUCUAAUUUCCCUCCCUUCUCUUCAUUUCCGCCGCCGGCGCCUGUCUUCUCCAUCUCCGAUCCUCUGUUUUAAUUUUUCCUCUCCGGAAAUUCAAAAAACAGGGAGCGAAUGGGGGAGGCGGUGAUGGACACGCGUCACGCUCUGGGCAGCUCUGCAGAUGACGUGUAAGGCGCGGCUUAAUCCCAGCCUGAAAUCCUGUCUGUCCAAAUUAAUUAAAUGUGGACAAAGAUUUAGCUACUCUAUUCAUCCCAAAAUAUUCGUUACACUUGGCUUUUUAGCGGUCGCAAAGAUUUUUGUUUAUUUCAACGUUUUCAUUGGUUAUUUGAAAAAAUAAAAAAUGUUUCACACAUCUAAUUUCGAAGAACUUUUCAUAUAAUUUUUUUAUAUAUUAUUUUUUAUUUUUAUACCAAUAUAUAAAUAAAAUAAAUUGCAAAAACUUGA